CCUUUUCAUAAGAUUCGGGUUCCAUCUCCUAUAGUUAGUUGUAGGAGACGCUCGUCUGUUGUCCCGUUGGCAGCAGCCCCGAAUAUUUUUAUUCACUUCCUUUCCUUACCUUCAACUAACUAGCUCUCCCCGGACUCGUCUGCUAUUCUCUUCGGUUGUGAAUAACCAUGAGCGAUAAGGUUCCAAUCGACGCCAUCGAGCCCAAGGGCGUCGAAGGUCGUCACCUAGAGACUGGUGUCCAAGCCACUGAACAUGUCGACUUGAACGCCAACCUAGAAGCGAGGAUCAAGAACCCUCUGAAAGGCAUCCCCCGCGAGCAGCUAAUGCGCGAUGUCGAGAACUUCGCGCACGAGAAGAACCUGGUCGAGCACAUCCCGCUCCUGCGCAAGGGCGCCCUGGUCGCCCAGAACCCGCACGACUACGAGGACCUGGACGGCGAGGAGGCGCUCGACGAGGUCGAGAAGCAGUGUCUCCGCGACGAGAUCCUGCACCGGUGGCGCAUGCCCGCUCGCCUGUUCCUCACCAUCGCGACUUGCUCGAUCGGUGCUGCGGUCCAGGGCUGGGAUCAGACUGGUAGCAAUGGCGCUAACAUCUUCUUCCCCGAAGUUUACGGCAUCGGUACUGAUUCUUCUCGUGAUCGACUUUUGGUCGGUUUGGUCAACUCCGGUCCUUACAUUGGAAGCGCCCUCAUCGGCUGCUGGCUCUCGGAUCCCAUCAACAACUGGCUCGGUCGCCGUGGUGUCAUCUUCGUCUCCGCUCACUUCUGUCUCUGGCCCGUCAUCGGUUCCGCGUUCUGCCACACCUGGGAACAGCAAUUGGCUUGCCGUCUGCUGAUGGGUAUCGGUAUGGGCGUGAAGGCUUCUACUGUACCUAUCUACGCUGCCGAAAAUGCCCCUGCUUCCGUUCGUGGUGCCCUGGUCAUGUCCUGGCAGAUGUGGACCGCGUUCGGUAUCUUCCUCGGAACCGCCAUCAACCUCGCCGUCUUCUACCACCCGCUGAACUGGCGACUGAUGCUGGGCGCCCCCUUCAUCCCGGCCGUGCCUCUGCUGUGCCUGAUCUACCUGUGCCCCGAGUCGCCCCGCUGGUACAUGAAGAAGAACCGGUACUCGGACGCGUGGAAGUCUCUGAUCCGGCUGCGCAACAACCCGAUCCAGGUGGCGCGGGACAUCUACUACAUCCACGCGCAGCUGUCGAUCGAGAUGGAGAUCACGCAGAAGAGCAACUACGUCACGCGCUUCACGCAGCUGUUCACCAUCCCCCGCGUGCGCCGCGCCAACAUCGCCGCCUUCACCGUCAUGAUCGCCCAGCAGAUGUGCGGCAUCAACAUCAUCGCCUUCUACUCCACCACCGUCUUCGUCGAGUCCGGCUACGACCAUUUCCAGGCCAUGCUCUGCUCCUUCGGCUUCGGCCUCAUCAACUGGCUCUUCGCCUUCCCCGCCUUCUGGACCAUCGACACCUUCGGCCGCCGCUCCCUCCUCCUCUUCACCUUCCCCCAGAUGAUGUGGACCCUCCUCGCCGCCGGCCUGUGCACCCUCAUGCCCAUCUCGACGGCGCGCACCGCCCUCGUCGCCCUCUUCAUCUUCCUCUUCGGCGCCUUCUACUCCCCCGGCGAAGGGCCCGUCCCCUUCACCUACAGCGCCGAGGUGUACCCGCUCUCCCACCGCGAAGUCGGCAUGGGCUUCGCCGUCGCGACGUGCCUGUUCUGGGCCGCCGUGCUCAGCAUGACCUUCCCCUUCAUCCUGGACCGCCUCGACACCGUCGGCGCGUUCGGCCUGUACGCCGGCUUCAACUUCGUCGCCUUCUGGAUGAUCUUCUUCCUGGUGCCCGAGACCAAGCAGCGCACGCUCGAGGAGCUCGACUACGUGUUCGCCGUGCCCAACCGCAAGUUCGCCAGCUACCAGGUCACCAAGGUCGUCCCCUGGUGGUUCAAGCGCUACGUCCUCUUCCAGCGCUACGCGAAGCUCGAGCCGCUCUACCAGCAGGAUAACGACGAGGUCCCGCGGCACUUUAUUGAUAAGCAGGCUUCUUCGUAGACGCUAUGUAUGCGCAGAGAGAUGGGGUGUGUGGUGUGUGUAUAAGAGAGAAACGGGUACACGGCAAGUAAGCUGAGUAAA